UACAGCACCGGACCUUCCCCCGCCAGGCGCGCAGUAGGCGCGAAAAGACCAAUGGGCGGACAAGCCCGGGAACCACAGAAAGGCGCUCAACUUCUGUGCUCCAGCGGGUGGGGCGCGUGGAGCCCGGGGGCCGCCCCGGGUCUUGGCCUCGCGCGACCCCUGGACGCUGUCGCAGCGCCGCGCACGCGCAGACCGCGGCCAGGCCUCGGAGCGUGCGCCCACCAGGUGACCCUGGAGCGCAGCUGCGCGUGCGCCAAGGGCCUGGCCGGAGCGCGGCUCUAACUGAGGCGCGGGCAAGCGGCCGGGCGAGUCGUCGAGUCAGCCAGCCAGGCUUCGUGAGAGGUCGGCGCCUGCCUUUUUCAGAGAGCAGUUAGUGGGUACCCCGGCCGAGGCCACUUUGAUGAGGCACGAAGAACCCUUAUGAGAAAGAGCCUGGCCGAGCCUGGGAGGUCCUCGGGUCUGAGGUUAUUGUUUGGAAGCAAUGAGUUUAAAACCUUUCACCUACCCAUUUCCGGAGACGAGGUUUCUUCAUGCAGGAUCCAAUGUGUAUAAAUUCAAAAUUAGAUAUGGCAACAACAUCAGAGGGGAAGAGGUAGAAAACAAGGAAGUCAUCGUCCAGGAGCUAGAGGAUUCUAUUCGUGUGGUCUUGGGAAACCUGGAUAAUCUGCAGCCGUUUGCUACAGAACACUUCAUUGUAUUUCCCUAUAAAAGCAAAUGGGAGAGAGUGUCCCACCUGAAAUUCAAACAAGGAGAGAUUGUCUUGGUCCCUUAUCCAUUUGUUUUCACUCUGUACGUGGAGAUGAAAUGGCUUCAUGAAAACCUGUCAACUGGAAAACCAAUAAACAGCAGUCCUCCUGGGUUGGUCCCGGCAGAGAGGAAAGCAGCAGGAGCCAUGAUGAGGAAACGAAAACACGCAGAAGUGCCCAGCUCCCCAGCCAGGCCAGGGCUGGACAGGCCCAAGAAGGGGACUUCCAGCCAAGGGCUCAGCAAAAAGAAGGCCCCUAUGGAAACCAGGAGGAACAGAGAAAGAAAAACCCAGCAGGAAUGGCAGGAGACCCCAGCACUUGAUAUCACUGAUGUUCAGGACCAGGAUUCUAAGUGGGGAGACGGCCGAGCAGGGAAGAUUAUCCCACCAUUGCAGCAAAACGAUCCACCUCCUCCUGAAGGACGCACGGAGCUGGGAACCAGUGGCUUCUUUGGGUUUCUAAGCUCUCUCUUCCCGUUUCGGUAUUUCUUCAGAAGGAGCAGCCAGGGAGCCUCCUAAAUGCAGCGGCGGGAAGAGCGUUUCUCUUGCAGCGACUCUUCCCGCUGCACUCCCUGCUUAUGACGUUCCAGUCUUGGGGAAUGAGCGCCCCAAACUCCCUGAGUCCUCUUGUGGGUUUGUCCUUUACAAUGGAUUGUCCUUCCCCAAUUUAAAACACUAAGAAUGUAACUUUCUAAAAUGCUCUAGUCUGAGAAGUUUACUGCCCUAUGAGCCAGUUAGGUCUUCCAUCUGCAGCACUUAGAUUUCUAAUGAAAAUAAAUUAUUUAUGAAGAGUUAUUGACUGAAUUUUAGUGGAGUAGAGAGAGAGAGCACGAGAGAGCAAACUCUUUCCUCAAGAUACAGGGAAACAAUGCCUGAAACCUCCCCUGGGUCUCCCUGGUUGUUGUUGACAGAACAGUUUGGAUAGGUGGGGUCUGUACCUGACUUUGAACCUUAAACUCCCCUGGCCAGGUUAGAGAAUGGGGUUUUGCAAGACUCAAUGUCCUGAGCCCUGCUGACCCUCAAGAAAUCAUGUCUCCUCAGUUCACCCAGUUUGGCCCCAAAGUGCAGUCUCUUAGUAGGUAAAUGCUUCUCACCUAGCUACCCCUUUGGCUUUGACAGUAAUGCAGAUUAGUUUAUCGGAUCAACUGGAAGUCAGUGUAGGUUAGGGCCAAAGGAAUCAUUUUGUAACUGUAGAGAUGACCAGUAUUAGAAUGGGCCACCUUGUAAGGUAACAAGCCUUUGUCAACCCUAGUCUUUAAACAGAGCUGAUUGUCUGUCAGAUGCUGGAAGUCACUCUUGGUGGAUGGGAACGCUGGGGCUGGACUGCUAAAGUCCCUCAGAGACCCCUUGUUCUGACGCCUUUCCCUUGGCUGAGGAGGAGAGAAGAGGUGGGCUGCUGAAGGGCCUGGGACCUGAGGGGAGGAGGGCCAAAGGGGAAGUUGCCGUGUGUGAGGACUGGAGGACUAGGGACAAGUUGUGUUUACAGCCUUUGCCCUGCUGUCCCAAACACAGCCCACUUUCCAAAGCUGUUCAAAGGCACAGCUCCAGAAUCUGGAGAUCUGAGCGCCAUUCUGACUUACAAGCUUAUAAUGAAGGCUUGGCAAAGUCACUUUCCUUUCUGGUUCUUAUUUUUCUCAUCUGGAAAAUGAAAGGGUAGGAUCUGAUGAGCUCUCAGUGCCUUCCAGCUCUGGCAGUCUGUGGCUGGCUCUGCCUCUCGGAGCAGGUCAUUGAGCCAGUAGCCCUGGGGUGUGUGGGGACAGAACCACCACAGGCUUCCUUCUGAUGGCUACCCUGCCCCGGCCCCUGUGGCUCCUGCUGACUAGGGGUCUUUUUCUAACUUGCCACAUUCUUGCCCCAAGUGUAAUUCAGCACCAGGCAUGAAUAGCAGGAGAUCUGGGUUCCAAAACAGCCCUGACAUGAACUAGCUGUGUGACCUUUAGUAACUUUCCUUCUCUUGAGCCUCAGUUGCCUCACCUGUAAAACCAGAGCCAGGGCUGGACUAAAUGAUUGACUUGCUGGGGUUGAUAGCUUCAGGCACUUCCCAGGAGUCAGGUCCCUGUUAGUCCAGAAACUAGGGGAAGCCCCACUCCGUAGCUGACCCCCCAGAGUGAGAAGUCAUCCACUUGACAGUGAAAGUGAAGCUCUGAAACGGACUUAGAACCAGCCCCCUGAUUCUCCCUGGCUCUGCCACCAAGCAUCUCUCAGGAGACCCCCCACUGAUAGCAUUUCUGUUGUCCAUAAGAAUCUCCUCUCCACCCUUUCCUUUGCAGUGGGUAAAAGAGACAGGCAGGGCUGAGUUUAAUAGUUUUAAGGAUGGGCUGGCAAGGCCCUAAACAGAAGUGUCCUGCCCGAGGUCACAUAGCAAAGAAGAGAACCCAGGUGGCCACAACUCAGCCCAGUGAGAGCCCUCCCUCUCCAACUGCACACACGCUGCCUACUCCACCAGCUCCUGGGCUUUUCUCUACACCUCACUUCCCAGCCCUGGGCCACCAGCAGCUUUUGGACAUAGGGAAGCAGAAACUGCCCUAGAGGACCACACCUCAGAGAACAGCAGGAUCUCCCAGGUGGUUUUGCUGUGAGGCUUCAGGCAGAGAAGGCAGGCCU